AUGGUAAACGGCCUUCUUCUCUCGUGUUUCGCACUCACGGCACUGCCAUCCGUUGCGUUCGACCCGAACGCACCAAUUGCGGCAGCCGUAGACGGUGUGAAUUCCGCGGCCACCUCGACUGGCAGUUGGGUCAGUGGUGCCGCCGAACAGGUUUCGAAUGCGACGGUGCCUGACUUGGAAGCGGCCGGUAGCUGGAUCGGCGACGCUUUUGACACGGUCAAGAACGAGUCGAAAGAAGCUGCAAACUCGACGGGCAGCUGGGUCGAUGGAGCCGUUGGUUCCGUCGAGGAUAACGCGGCCCCAGCAGUUGAUUAUGCUGGCAGCGUGAUUGACAACGCCCAGGAUGCCGUCAGCUCAGCAGCUGACGAAUUUCCCAGCAUUGUCGAUAACGACGAUGGGUCUUCCGGUCCUUCUGCUUCUGGCUCGGCAGCUGGCAGCACCGCCGUUUCUUCUGCCACAUCGUCCACUACAUUUUCGAUGGUUAUUGGCGUUUUUGCAGUUGCAGGACUGAUGACGAACUUUGCCUAA